AUGGCUCAGAGGGUUGGAAGUGGUCCAAAGUGUGGGGUGCCUGCAGUAGUUUUAUGUCUGGUAGCUCUGUUCUGUGCCAACCUGCUUCUCUAUGUCUACCUGGAUGCUCUAUACGAGGGGACUUCCCCACCUUCAGCACACAUGCACUGCUCAAAAGGCUAUUUUAAGGUGGGCACUAUGAAAAAGUGUACUCCGUGGUUGCAGUGUCCUGAGAUCCGUGCUAAUGUUCGUCGUCUCAGACUGAUUGGACAGGGAGUUGUUAAGCAGGUAUACCUGUCAGAGUGGCAGGGGCAAAAAGUAGCCCUGUGUGUCUUGUCAUCAGAGGAGUAUAAAGCUGACUUCCUUCAUGGGCUGUCCAUGCUACGUUCCUUGCAGAGUGUGCGUGUGGUACAACUAGUGGGUGUGUGUGAAGAAGAUGGAGUUUUUGUUACUGAGUACCACCCUUUGGGAUCAGCACUGACACUUGAUUCUACUCUUGCUCAAGAUCGUUACCGCAGUCAGGACUCGUGGCACGUGCGGCUGCGUCUGGCACUAGACUAUGUUGUCUUUCUGGUGUUUUUACACAAGAGCCCAGUGGGUACCCGUGUCAUGUGUGACUCUAAUGACCUGCACAAAACACUAAGUCAAUUCUUGCUGACGUCUGACCUGCGGCUUUUGGCGAACGAUCUGGAUGCCCUGCCGCUGGUAGAGCCUGGGGGUCAGGGCAUCAAGUGUGGUCAUCGUCAGCUGAUAGGUGAGUUUGUUGCUCCAGAGCAACGGUGGCCUUUUGGUGACGAGGUGCCUUUCUCACAUGACCUCAUGCCAGGCUAUGAUGAAAAGUCAGACAUCUGGAAGAUUCCAGAUGUGACCCGUUCUCUGCUGGGUCAUGUCUCAGGGAGCGAUGUUAUCCACUUGCACCUCUUUCAGAUCCAUGCAGAGUGCAAGAGGCAGAAUCCUAAGCUACGGCCAUCAGCGCAUGAGGUCCUCAGUGUUUAUCGCACUGUUUAUGACAGCAUGAAGGAAAGUCACACAGAAAGCGUCAGAGACAUGCUGUGA